GCGCAGGCGGUCAGGCCGGUGCUCCCCUUGGCUCCCCCCACCCUCCUUGCGGAGUGGCUGCGGCCGGAGGUCCCGCCCCCGGCCGCGUGUGCGUCGGCGCCACGAUUUCCGCUGCUUGGGCGAGGUUUUGUUCUGGGAGCGGAGUGUUUGGCCCGCGGUUUGGAGCUCGGAGAGGGGCUGUCCACUACUCGGUGGCCGCGUCUCCACCCUGUUGCCGGGCCCGGCCGGCCUGCAGGCGCCAUGGCUUCCCGCGGGAGGAAGCGGAAGGCCGAGGCUGCGGUGGUUGCUGCAGCUGAGAAGCAGGAGAAGCUGGCUGGCAGCCAGAAGGAAGUAGAGGAGGCGACCGUCGUUAUCGAACAUUGCACCAGCUGACGCGUGUACGGGCGCAACGCCGCGGCCCUGAGCCAGGCGCUGCGCCUGGAGGCCCCGGAGCUUCCAGUGAGGGUGAACCCGGCCAAGCCCCGGAGGGGCAGCUUCGAGGUGACGCUGCUGCGCCCGGACGGCAGCAGUGCGGAGCUCUGGACUGGGAUUAAGAAGGGGCCCCCACGCAAACUCAAGUUCCCUGAGCCGCAGGUGGUGGUGGUGAAGCUGAAGGAGUACCUUUCGUAGGUUUGGGCCGAAAUCCUCAUGCUGAGCUUUCUGUCCCUGGUGAUGUUGGAGCAUUUAUGACGGGACAUGGCCAAACUCCAGUCAUGUGCCUGAAGCUGUGGUUUCUUCUCCUCCAGAAUUGAUGGUUCAGUUGUGAGGCAACACUCUAGUAAGGCAUUGGAAAGUACUUGGAUUUGGUUUAAUAAAAGUUGAAAUAAAGUACUUGAGUAAUAAAGUAAAACUUAAUUUUAUGGUAAGGGACGAAAGCCAGCCUUACAGGAUUGGUCCCCCAUGUAUUUUUCAUAGCCUGAAGUCACUAAUUAACCUGAAACUCGCAUGUGAAAUACUUGUAAAAACUUUUGGGGGAAAAUACUUUUUUUUAAAAAAG